AUGAAACUUGUUCAUAAUGGCCUUCCAUUAGCAGAGUCAUUGGUCAUCCUUGAACAUAUUGAUGAAACUUGGACUAACACUCCAUAUCUCCUCCCUAAAGAUUCUUGUCAAAGGGCCAAACAUCGUUUCUGGGCUGCUUAUUUUCAACAGGUAUCAGAGAUUUUUGGCAGAGCAGUCAUACUAAGCACACAAGGGAAACAAACAGAUGAAAAGAUGAAGGAAUUCUGGAACAAGAUGGAUGUUGCUGAAGAAUUUAUGAAGGAGAUAUUACCUAAUAGUAGUCCAUCUUUACAAGAAAAUUUCCAACCCAGAUACUUGGAUAUUGUGUUAUACUCAUUUUUUGGAAAUUGUGAUGUUGUGGAAGACUUCUUGGGGGUUAAGCCUUUAUGUACAGAACGAUUCUCACUAUUGACAUUAUGGAUUAAGGCACUGGGUGAGGUUCCUGAGUUUAAAGAGGUUUCAGUUCCUGUGCAAAAACUGGUUGAAUUUCUUCGUGCUGUGCGACAGAAUAUAUAA